AUGGCACAAGCUUUAGAGCAUUGGCAUCACAUCCUUCUCUCCUUGAUCGUCCCUUAUCCCAUCGACCGCCCCCUUCCCACUUUUGCAACUCACUUUCAACCCCGGCAGGCGUCCUGGUAUCAAUCAUCAAAGGCAGAAACUCCACGGCAAACAGCAAGGUCUACACUUCUGGACAACAAGGUCAAUCCCCUCGAGCAGCGCAUCAUGACUUCAGUCAUGUCGGAAAAGUCGACCUCUCGAUCGAAGCGCAAUUCCCCGAAGCGCAGCCUUGCGUCCAGCUCGUCGACAAGCGACGCGAAACGCCGCAAGAGCGAGCACGUCAAGAAGUUCACCGAGAUGACGCUCGAUGACGUCGAACAAAUCUUUCAGAAGUCCCAGGACGCUCUCAACAAAGCAGAGGAACUGUACCAGGAUGCUGAAAAAGCCCGCACCGAAAAGCUAGAGACCUACAUGGAUGCCACAAAGGCCAUGACAGGUGCGCACCAGACACUGUCGAGCGCCAUGAUCAGAAAAGCCAAUGCAACGAAGGACGUUGCCCGGCUAGAAAUGAUCAAGGAUGCUAGGGAGGCGAUUCAGAAACGUGAUGACCUGCAGAGUCAGGUCGAAAAACAGAAGAAAGAGCUCUUUGCGGUUGAAACCAAGCUCUUGAUGUGGGAAAACAUCGCCAACAUGGCGGUAGAGAACCUCAAGGAGGACGAUCUGGAGCACCUCUUCCAGUUUCAGGGGUAA